GGAUCAGCUGUUUGGCUGCUUGUGGGCAGGGGAGGAAGUGAUGCAGGAAAAUGCCCACAAUGUAGCUACACUCAAUGACUAAAAGGGGGAAGCACAAAGAAAUUGGCUGCUUUAGUCCGAGGUGGUGCUUUCACUCACUUCAAAGAGCGAACAUAAUUUAAACGGACCCAAAAGCAUACGCUGGUUGCUAGAUUUUUACUUAUUUACUCCUAAAAGCGGAGUUGAAAUCGAUUUUGAUGGGGAAGUUUUUUGUCAGCUAGUUAGCUAGCAGUCUGAGUUAACGCGACGAGUUUGCCUCAGUUCGUUUCUGGUCGCCACCUUUGCCAACUUAAUAACUACUUAAUUUGUACCGGCUCUCCUGAAGUGAUGUACACCCAAUUCCACAUGGUAGAAUUUCACAAAAAGCAUUGCGGAUGUCAAGGUCACAAUGAUGGAGCAGAGUAGAAAGACACUUUGAUCUGUGGCUGAUGCCGUCAGAGGGAUUGUCUGGUUUUUAAGUCUGGCAUUGGAUUGUAGCAGAUUUGGCACAGGCCUGAGGGUAUGUUGAGACGUCUCGCAGGGCCAGAGAAGAGGCGUCUAGGUGGUUCGGACGGGGACUGAAGGUGAGGAGGAAAGACAGACGAGGGACCAAGGAGAAAGACAUGGGUCAGUGUGUCACCAAGUGUAAGAAUCCGACGUCCUCACUCGGCAGUAAGAGUGGAGACAAGGAGAGCGGCUCCAAGUCCCACCACAAGAAAGGAGGCAGCGCUGGUGGCGGUGGUGGGGGCCACAAAGAAGAGUCCAGUGCCCCGUGUAGCAAAGCCACCAGCGAGCUGUCGAAUGGCACCAAGGCCUUGGAGGUUACAGUGGAGACACCCGUCAUCCCCGCAGUGACGGGGGAAUUGCGCAAGGAUGAGUGUCUGGAUGGAGACGGGCUGUCGAUGAUGCGCAUUGAGGAGCUGUUCUGCUGCUACAAGGAUGAACAGGAAGAUGCCAUCUUGGAGGAAGGCAUGGAAAUGUUUUGUAAUGACCUGUGUGUGGAUCCGGCAGAGUUUCGUGUGCUUGUUCUUGCCUGGAAGUUUCAAGCCGCCACCAUGUGCAAGUUUACAAGGAAAGAGUUUGUUGAGGGCUGCAAGGCCAUCCAGGCAGACAGCCUCGAGGGUAUCUGCUCACGUUUCCCCGCCAUGCUGCUUGACGCCCAGGGCGAGGAGAACUUCAAGGACCUGUACCGCUUCACCUUCCAGUUUGGCUUGGACGCUGAGGAGGGCCAGCGCUCUCUGCAGCGUGAAAUCGCAAUCGCCUUGUGGCGCCUGGUGUUCACCCAGGACUCGCCCGCAAUCCUGGAACACUGGCUGGACUUCCUGUCGGAGAACCCCUCAAGUAUUCGGGGCAUCUCAAGGGACACGUGGAACAUGUUCCUCAACUUCACCCAGGCUAUUGGGCCUGAUCUGAGCAACUACAGCGAGGAUGAGGCCUGGCCCAGCCUCUUUGACACCUUCGUGGAGUGGGAGUUGGAGCGCAGGAAAAAAGAGGAAGAAAAAGCACUGAUGGCAAAGGAGGAAGAGGGGAGGUGUACUGAGACAGAGUGUUCUCCCACCACAGAUAGACUCGAAACAGAGGGAAGCCGCGGCUCACAGACGUGGGGGGGCCACUGACCAGGAAUCAAGGAGUAUUUGUAAGGGAGAGAAGAAUAUGAUCUACACCUGAACUAUACAUCUGUGAAUCAUUGGAUGAAUAUUAGUAUUACCAUUACGGCUGUUCAUUUCGCUCUCCUUUUCUGUCGGGGUGGGAUUCCUGCUUUGCACCCUCAUUUAUUUGGUUUUCGAAAGGGCUCUAAGAACUAUUGUGUUUUAAGCACUUCUAUUUAAGUUAUUGUUUUACUUUUUUUCUCCUCCCAUGUGUGUUUUUAGUAACUGGACAUGUUGUCCAUUUUAACUUCCACCUACCUACCAUAGCCCCAGCAGUUAGAUCAGUAAAAGCUUGGUUUUUAAAAAAAAAAAAAACAAGGCAAAAGAAAGCCAUAACCUUUUUUUUUUCCACAAUUAUCAUCUAGACAGUUCUUUUUGACCUGGUAACACUGCUGAUAUGUUUUGUGCAAGGAAAUACUUAAGUAAAAAAGAAGAAGGGAAAUUUUGGCAACCUGUCCACACAUAAUUUCUUAUGAUCAAAACAUGACAUUUACUAUAAAGGUCAGUAAAAUCAUCUUGAUUUGACUAAUCUAGUUAGGUUGUAUGCUUUUAUCUUGCAGUGCUGUGAGGAUGAAUUGCACUCGUAUUGCCUUCACAACUGUUGCAAUUUACAUGGCAAACAGUAACGGAUUACAUUUCUGUCACUAGGGCAUUUUGUUUUUAAAGAUAAUACAAAGUUGUAAUAUCCAUUUUCAAAUGCAAGCUGGUUUCCGUGGUAACAAACCCACCCUCUCCUCUGUGUUGAGUGUUUUUGAGUGCUACUAGUGCAGUGAGCGGCUUAGCUUGUUUAAGCAGCUAGCUGUGCUUCCCUUUUGACCUCGAGCAUCCAUCUAUCAUUUUUGAUGUCCACCUAUUUUCAAGAAGCGGUUAAGUGUGUACAACACAAUGAUGCUGGCUUUUCUCAAGAUGCCUCGUUGAUCUCAUUUUAGGAAUUCUGUAACUCAAAUCAGCUAAAGCUAGGUCAUGGUCAUUUCUCAAUAGAUGAUGCCUAAACCUACGUUACAUUCAGGACCGUUACACUGGGCGCUACACAACUUAUAUUGUUUACCUUCAGAUGUUUAUGAGUCUUCACAUCCUUGAAUUGCUAUACAUAAAAAAUGUGCGCACUUCACAGAUAAUGUCGAGUGCUGCUGGUGAUGGUUGUAAUGGAUUGCACAAAAAAACCCAAUGGCAUGCUUAGUCGCUAUACUUGCAACGCUUUGCAGAAAGAUUGAUGUCAACCACAUUUUUUCCAAACUGUAGAUUGAUCUUAAGUAUAGCCCAGGGUGUUUUUGGGAUGAGUGAAUGGGCGUUAAUUAGACAUACUGGUUAAUCAAGAGUCUGUGAUAUGGGUCCAGUGUGGUAAGAGGGUGGCCAUAACCUGAUCUGUUUGGUUUACAUCUACAAUGGUUUUAUUUCAGACCCCCUUUGUCCUUUUUUAUAUAAAAUGUAUUGAUUUAUAAUAAAUAAAAACAGUGUUGAACUUUU